UUGCAAAAUGUGUAAAUAAUGGGGUGUGUAGAUUAAUGAAUCAUUUCAAAUUAGAAAAAGUUUAAAAAUGAGUAAACUGAUAUUAUAUCUGUUAACAAUUAGUUUAAUUAGCGGUAAAGUGCAUAACUGUGGAGAAUGGUCUGAUUGGAUGGACUUUGAGACUUUAACUGAAGAAAUGACAACCAACUAUCAAGUCACCCUCAACGAUAAUCAAUCUCACAAUAUCUGCCACACCUUUUCACUCGAACCUUACAUCAAACAUGAGGAGGAGAAGGGUUUUAAAAUGAGUGUGGUGAAGACAGCGGGAUUGGCGAGUUGUUUGGGGCUAACGUUUGCAAUUGGCGCUAUAAUAGUUUACUCUAAAACUAGCGGUAAAGAAAUGCAGUUAGAAUGAUAAACUGAUGACUUGGCAGUGAAUUAUCUGGAAUCGGAGCAGAGCUGAGACUGCCCAUCAGUUUUCGGAAGCGCCUUCCCAGUAAAAUAAUAAUUCGUAUGAAGCAACGCGCCAAAUGUUAAUGUAGCCUAAAUUAAACAUAAUUUAUAUUGUUUAUCAUUAUCUAUGAAAAAAUUAGGAAUUUGUGUAAAAA